CUCCGAGAGAGGGUCCAACGCGAGAACGAUCCUCUCUUCGAACCUGCAAUUUAAACAAGUUUAUGACAAUUUGUGCUGAAAUGGCGUAAAUCUGGAUUAGAAUCAUCAAUUAUCUUAAGGUCUAGUUGGUGAUUUAUUGGCCUUAGAUUCCGAUACUUAUACGGUACUUUGCAGUGAAAAGGAGUAUUUCACCGAAAUUUUGCCAGAAUGAUUCAUUCCCGUGAAGUCUUCAUAGGAUAUACAGUUUUGAGACCACCAAUUUAUCUGUGGAAAUUAUUUAAGGCCAUUACGCUUUUGGGAAUGUUCACUCUAUUAGCGAGUACUCCAGUGUCAGCAAGAGAAGUUAUGUCAGUCGAUCCCGAAACUCUUAGUCUCAAAAAUCAGGACGCUAUGAUCGACUAUAUCAACAGAGUCCAGUCGUCUUGGACGGCAGGAAAAAAUUUCCCCGACGGCGUGCCUGAAAGUUACUUGAAGCAACUUGCGGUGGCUCACCGUAAAUCGGAAGAAGAUUUAUCGAGAUCACCCGUUUGGAACGAGUCGGAGGAUAAGGUCGAAGAACCUUACUCAGGCGCUGAUCCACCGGCUGAGUUUGACGCCAGGAAAAAAUGGAGCAAUUGCGCCAGUAUUUCUCAUAUUUACGACCAAGGCAACUGCGGGAGUUGUUGGGCAGUAUGCUCGGCGGCCGUGAUAACGGAUAGAAUUUGCAUUACCACUAACGGUGCCUUCAAAGACACUAUUUCAGCGUGGGACAUUGCAUCUUGCUGCGUGGAGAACAAAUGCGGUGAAGGCUGUAAUGGGGGCUCGCCCUUUAAAGCUUUCGAACACUACGUAAAAAUUGGUCUAGUUACAGGAGGAGACUUUGGCACAAAUAAGGGGUGCAUGCCGUACGAGAUAAAGGGUUGCUCUCACCACAUGGGUAAAAAUGGAAAAUAUCCGGAUUGUCACAGUUACAACGAAACAGUGGUCCCAAAAUGCUUGACGAAGUGCCCUAAUACAAACUAUAAGAUUGCGUUUACCAAGGACAAACAUUUCGGGAAACGAGUUUACACAGUAAAACCUGCUGAUCUCAAAAAGGAGCUGUUUACACUCGGCCCGGUUGUAAUGGCUUUUGAGGUCUUCGAGGACUUCUAUCUGUAUAAAACAGGUAUAUACCACCAUACAACUGGCAAAUCAAUGGGCUGGCAUGCUGUAAGGAUAGUCGGUUACGGCAACGGCUACUGGCUGGCCACCAAUUCCUGGAAUCCCGAAUGGGGAGACCACGGAACCUUCAGAAUAAAGAGUUUCGCGAAUGAAUGUUCAAGUGAAGAGGAAGGUUUUGACGCAACUGAACCGAAAAUAUCAUAAUCGCACCACUGCUCCACGAGCUAUAUCUGCAUAAACGCCUUUCGGACUUUUCGCAGAGCCAUGCAUAUUUAAACUUUCUCUUACAUUAAAAAAAAAAAAAAUCAAUAAUUAAGUGAAAAAAAGGAUAAUAAAAGUUGAUACGAAAAAAA